AUGGCGCAGUCAGCAGCGCCCAACAACCCUUUCAUCAAGCAACUAGUCCACAAUGACCGUCAAGUCCGCGACAAAGCCGUAGCCUCCCUCCGCACCUUCCUCUCCCGCUCCACCCCCUUCAGCCAACUCGACUUCCUAAAACUCUGGAAAGGCCUCUUCUACUGCAUGUGGUCCUGCGACAAACCAGCACCCCAACGACGUCUCGCCCUCGACCUGUCAGCACUAGUCUCACUACUGUCCACACGCACGAAUUUCAUCGGCUACAUGCGCGCCUUCUGGACCACAAUCGCCAGAGAAUACACAGGCAUCGAUUCCCUGCGAAUGGACAAAUUCCUCUUCCUGAUCCGCAGCUACGUCAAUGCUGGAUUCGCCUACUGCGCAAAGAGUCACUGGAAAGACGAGGUCACCACAAAAGAAUACUUGGACCUGCUGAGAGAAAUCCCGCUGAAUCCUAGAGAUGCAAAAGUACCCACUGGAUUGAAAUAUCACGUCGUGGAUGUCUAUGUGGAUGAGUUGGAAAAGGUUGGAGGUGAAAAGGCGCCGUAUGAGGAGCUGAUGCAGCCGUUGGUCGAGUUUGGGCAAAAGGCUGUGUUGAAGAGUGUGAGGAAGAAGGUGGAUGAGGCGUUGGAUGAUGGUAGGGUCAAGGUGUGGUUGGGUAUCGAGGACGAGGAUGAUGAUGAGGAGUUGAGUGAGGCUGAUGAAGAGGUUGACGAUGACGAGGAAGACGAGGAUGAGGAGUUUGGCGGUUUCGAUGAUUGA